AUGGCAGCUAGUGGUAGAAUUUUGGUUUACCUGAAGCGAAAGGGUCAUGACAAGACACCCACGAUUGCCAAGUUCACGCAAAGUGUAUUGGACUACUUGGUUGAAGACAAGAGUAUCAACCAGUCUGAGGUGUAUGCAGAAUUAAUUGACAACCAUCUCGUUGUAACAGAUGACGAAUCAGAAUCAAAACACAACUCCAUCAAACUCAGAAGACCACAUUUUUGUCCUAUACACAAUCUCCAGAAAAGUCAUUUGGAAGCCAUACCAGAGGACAUUUUAAAUAGAGGUAUAGAUGUCGGUGCAGGUGUGAUUCUUGAAUCAGCUGACAACAAAAUCCUCUUAACUCGCCGCUCAAAGAGACUCCGUACAUUUCCUGGAAUAUGGGUUCCACCUGGUGGACAUUUAGAAAAAGAUGAAACUUUAAUUGAAGCAGGGUUGCGAGAACUGCAUGAAGAGACUGGGUUGAAAAUAUUGCCUGACCAAUGUGUAGGUGGCAAUGUACAGAUGUUGACCUUAUGGGAGUCUGUUUUCCCGCCAAAACUGACCCUUGGACUGCCAAAACGACACCAUGUUGUGGUUUAUCUGUAUGGGAAACUGAACUCAGACCUCACUUCCGAUGUUCUUUCAGAGAGGAUAAGACUACAGCCAGAGGAAGCUGAAGCAUGUGUAUGGCUCGACCGGAAAAUCAUACAGGGUAUUGUGGCAUGCAAGGAAGAAGAAAAGUCUCAACUUCACUUCAAGGACUUAAAUUUACCAGAAGUGGUUAAGGGUAUUACCAUAAGAGAUGAAGAUAAAAAACAGUUGAUCAGUGACAUUCCACUCCAGCCUUUAUUCAACACAUCCAGUGAUACAACUGAUGGAGAACGUGUCAGCACAGGAACCAAAUUUGCCCUGGGGGAGUGGCUAAUUAAAACCUCAUGACAAUCACUUAUGUGAUGUUUGUUACAUGCAAUUUCAUUGGUUUAGAUAUUAAAAUUAUUUGUCAAUAAAGAUCAGAAAUUUGAA